AUGAAAUUUGUACAGAGUGCUACAAUAAAUCACAUCGGUAAAUACCACCGAGAAAACUGCCGAAGAUCUCAAGGGAAUCAGCACAGAAGACAGGGAGCCACAGUCAGGAUCAUUACAAUGUCAACAAUGCCAUGCGCAAAGGACGUGUCCACAAUUAUGGUUCUUUUAAUCGGUCUGGUUAUGUACGCUGAGUUUGCAGCGGCUCAGAAUGACACGGAGCCCAUAGUCCUUGAGGGUAAGUGCCUGGUAGUUUGCGACUCGGACCCAGCCAGCGAUUCAAAGGGAUCUUUUUCCCCGCUGGGGAUUUCGGUGCGCGCUGCAAACUCCAAAGUGGCUUUCUCUGCCGUAAGGAGCAGCAAUCACGAGCCCUCGGAAAUGAGCAACAAAACAAGUAUUAUAUACUUUGACCAGAUUCUUGUGAAUGUAGGCAACUAUUUCACCUUGGAAUCAGUGUUUCUGUCACCACGCAAAGGGAUCUACAGUUUUAACUUCCAUGUCAUCAAAGUGUACCAGAGCCAGACCAUACAGGUGAACCUGAUGCUGAACGGGAAGCCCGUCAUUUCAGCCUUCGCGGGGGAUAAGGAUGUGACCCGGGAGGCGGCCACAAACGGCGUCCUCCUGUACCUGGACAAAAAAGACAAGGUGUACCUGAAGCUGGAGAAGGGCAACCUGCUCGGGGGGUGGCAGUACUCCACCUUCUCUGGCUUUCUGGUGUUCCCGCUGUGA